UGGAGACUACAGUCAGCACUGUGACAGUAUUAUAUAGUAUAUUGUAAUUGUGUUUCAUAAUAUUCGUGGGUAUUUAAACCAGUCAGCCAGUGGCCAAAAUGCUAGUACGUUUACACAUUGCUAUUUCAUCUCCAAGGUUACUGACAACACAGCAAGUGGGACUCAUUGAGGAGGAAAGAACACAGUAACUUUACUCCAGUCAGAAGGACAAACAAAAAGAUGAGGUCCGGCUCUUCCUAUGCUGCCGCUACAUUAGAGCAUGAUCUCAAUGUGCCACUAUCGGUCCUGGAUGACCACAGGACACCAGAGGGCUGUCCACAGUCUGUCAGUGACCCACCCACCUAUUGUAUCAGAGCAGCAGGAGUUCUGAGGUACAAUCGGGAGUCUGACAACCACAGGAUAAACUUAAUAACCAUUCUUCCAGAGUCCCAGCUUCUGACAGAAUACCCAGUGAGAUGUGAAUACUGUGGACAAAAGGCCCAACCUUCACUGGAUCUUACAUGGGCACAGGGGCCAGAGACCGCGCCACUGUUCUGCUGUGUCCAGCGGCAGCAGCUGUGUAAGAUGCUGGGGAAGUGGAGGCGUUUGGUUGAGAGGAGAUGUGACCUGAGGGCUAGUACUCCAACAUCAUCAUCAUCAUCAUCAUCAUCAGGAGAACAGUCAGCCACAGAGAUGAAGGAGCUUCUCUUCCAAGGCAAAAAGAUGGAGGAUUACAACAAGUUUAUCCUGGACUUACCGAUUGGACUUGGAGAACACUCAGAAUUGAGGAUCUACGAGGAUUACUCAAUCCAAUUACCUGUAGCAGAAACCUUUGCCCCAACAUCAAAGGUCCUCAGCUUCCGGCUCUCUUGUGCUCCAGGACAAGGAUGCUGGACAGUGUAUCCUUGUAGCGCAACUGAGAAGCACUUGAAAAUAAAAGAGCAAGAGGAGCAGGUGUUAGUCCCUUUUUGUGACCACAAGCCACUUCAGUUCGUAAGUUAG